AUGUCAACAUUUCCCUUUUCAAUCUGUUUUGUCUUGCUUCUCUGGCACUCCGUUCUGUCUACAACAGAGACCUUGUCUUUUCAAUCGAGUGAUAACUUGAAGAAUGCGAUCGUCACAGAUCCUUUCUUUACAAAACUUUGCAACGAGAAAAACGCCCGCCUCGUUUUCAAGAGUCCCAAGAAACGACAAGUAAUAGAGGUGGACGACGGACAGGCAUUCAGUCUACCAGUACAGAUUCGACUCAUUUCUAAGUCAGGGAUAUCUCACAUUGUUACAGACUCAGUCUUGAGAUCCUCGUCAAAAAUCUUCUCACUCGAAGCACAUGCUUUUCCUUCUGACGUGAUUACUUUCUCUAAUCAAUCGCGUUUGCUGCUAAAAUCGACGAGGCCGCUCGAUCGUGAAAAAGAUGGAGAAAUUCUUUCAGUCAACAUCCGGCUAAUUAUGCGAGAUUGUAGUCUGUCUUCAAGGAGAAAGUUUGUCAUCCGUGUGACUGAUGUGAAUGACAAUAUUCCACAGUUUCAUAACGUUGAUUUCAAGUCCGGAUAUAAGACAUCGAUCAGAGAAGAUGCCACCACUGGCUCUGUUGUCGCGUCCGUUUUCGUUACGGACGGAGAUGCAAGUAAAAAUGUGCAAUAA